AUGGCCCCACCUCCGCAACUUCCCGAACCAGCCGAGGCCUUUGCAGCUCGCGCCGUCCCCUCAUCCACGACGUUCAAGCCCAACAUCUUGGCAGGCAAAGUCGUCUUCUGCACCGGCGGCGGGUCAGGCAUCUGCUACCGAAUCGUCGAGGUCCUCCUAGCGCAUGGAGCCACGGCUGCCAUCAUGGGCCGCAAGGCUGAUCGUCUGUCUGCAGCGGCCAAGCAGCUCAGCGAGAGCACAAGGAGGAAGUGUAUCGCUACUCCGGGCGAUGUGAGGAAGUACGACGAUGUUGAGAAAGCUGUUGAUGCGACGGUCAAGGAGUUUGGGCGACUGGACAUGGUUGUGUGCGGGGCUGCGGGCAACUUCCUGGCGCCCAUCGAGGGGAUCAGUCCCAACGGGUUCAAGACUGUUCAGGAGAUCGACCUGCUAGGCACGUACCAUACAGUCAAAGCCACGCUGGAGCACCUCAAACGCUCCCAUGGCUCGUACGUUCACAUCAGUGCCACUCUCCACUACACAGCCAUCCCUUGGCAGGCGGCUCCCUCUGCCGCUAAAGCAGGUGUCGACGCCCUCUCCAACUCCAUUGCUGUGGAGUUCGGGCCCUUUGGUAUUCGCAGCAACUGCAUCGCACCAGGGAUGAUCCAAGGGACAGAGGGGGCGGAUCGUCUUACGCCCAAGGGAGCAGAAGAUCUCGUCGUCUCCAGAAUUCCAACGCAGAGGAUGGGACAGAAGGAUGACAUUGCCAAUGCGGCAUUGUUCUUGUUCAGUGACGCGGGAAACUACAUCAAUGGGACGCAGAUCGUCGUCGAUGGUGGAGCCAAGCAUUUCCCGGGGCCGUGGUUGCCUUACCCGGAUAGCUCGUUGGACAAGCAGGGUGUCAAGGAGCUCGUCAUGGGAUCGAAGCUUUGA